GCGACGCGACUGAGCUAAAUUUUUCGUUUUUCCCUUAUUGGCCAUUCACACCUUCGCUGCAAAACCUGGCAUCGUCGUCCCCACACUUCACUGCUAAACCUGUAGUAAAUAGAAUUACAUACCUUCCGUUGAUUGUCAAUCAUCCAAAAUGCAAGACGAUUCUCUGUCCAGAUACAGACAAGAAUUGGAACAACUGAGAGCGACGAGGGAUCGACUCAAGCGAGAGAUUCUUGAAGAAAAAAUGAUGAACUCGCUCACAGAGUUAGCCUUUGAAUUGGAUGAUGGUACGUCUCUCGCACAUCAAACGAAUACCGCAGAGCCUGUCUGACACUAUUCAUCCUACCAGAUGCCAUGGAUGACGAUGGCAAAGAUGAAAACGCACGGAAGAAGGAGUUAAUCCAAAGUAUAUUAGACAAGGCGUAUCGGCAUUGCGUGACAGACGCCAUUCUUUUGCAGAGAAUGACGGGGCGUACGAUAUUUAGCUUGUCAAAUGGUUAUGUAGGAAUAAGAUUGGAAACCUAUUACGCAAGUAAAUUCCGCGAGCCGUUUUACCUGCUCAUUAAUCAGGAGACCCGAGACGCUGAACUGCGAAUAGCCAAGCACACGAUACCACACUUUAUCCCAUUGCGCGAGUUGGAAAAGAAGUUUUUGAACGUCGAUAUGGAUUGCCUACUCCAUGUAUUAGAAGAUUUUGUGCAAGCAUUCGUGUCACGUAGAGAGCAAAUAAUGGAGAUCACGCAGUAUCUAGAGAAUACACCAGCAAUCAGAGUAACAUGCGAUGACGCAGCCAAGAGUAUUGUCUCUAUCAUCGCCAAUCUUGGAAAUGGCUUAAUACGUGUUUCACUACGGUACGAAGACUUGCGAUCAGAAUUCCCUACCAAAGUUGAGGUUAAGCAAGAAAUACGGCAAGUAAGCGCUGAUCGUCGUAAUCUUGUGAUAGAGGAAGAGCGUUUGCUGGACAAAGAGGAUUCAUUCUAUCACUUAAGGCUUACACCUGCCUUUAUAUCCACAUUUGGAGAAGCUUGAGCAGUCAAUUAUAAUGUAUACAUGGUACCAGCAAAAUAAAAUUAAAAAUCGAAAAAGGGAAUGCACAGCAUU